AUGGGCGGUGGCAACGGGCAGAAGUCUGCGACUAAGCGCGAGCGAAAUAACGCCAAGAAAAUGAAGGAAGCGAAGCAAAAAAACCACGCUGAGUCAAAAGCAAAGAUGGAGGCUGAUAAGAAUGGCGUGAAAUGUAAAAUCUGCAUGACUACAUUUCUCAUUACUGCCAGUAGAUCGCAGCUAAACGACCACUUUGAAAGCAAACAUUCGUCUAAGGGUCUUACUAUCGAGCAGUGUUUUCCCGAUAAGUUCAUUUUCUUAUCAAAACCGAUAUUUAAUACAUUUUUUUUAGUAAAGUACUAUUACCGCAGUAGACAGAUGUUUCCAUGGAAUUACACAGCUGAUUGUGCGUACUCCUUACCAAACGUCUUAUUUUCUAAAUUACUUAAAUUGUACAAAAGUUUCAUGGGUGGUGGCAACGGUCAGAAGUCAGCGGCGAAGCGCGAUCGUAAUAAUGCGAAAAAGAUGAAAGAGGCAAAGAAUAAAAAUCAUGCCGAGUCAAAAGCCAAGAUGGAAGCAGAUCGAAAUGGAAUUAAAUGCAAAAUCUGCAUGACUACGUUUCUCAUCACUGCUAAUAAAACUCAGCUAAAUGAUCACUAUCAAAGCAAGCAUGCGUCAAAAGGCUUUAGCUUGGAGCAGUGUUUUCCAGAGAACACGUAG